GGACGGUAGUGCCGAGUGCGGUAGUCGCUCACAGCCGGUUGUCGGUUCGUUCAAGCCGCGUGACGCGGGUGGCAGGCGGGAGUUUGUUGUCCCGGUCGACUCGUGCGCGAGGGAAGGGCGAAUAGCGAGUGAUCCGCGCGUCGGAACGUCGUCGAACGGUGCGCCCGGCUCUUUGACAGCGGCGACGAAAUGGCAGCGGUAUCGUUUCGGGCGAUAUUCGUCGUGAGGUGGUGCGAGAUGAGCCGCGUGCUGACCGCCACGUCCUACCUGACCACAACGAGGCGGUAUCGAAAGGAAACAUGGUGCAGACGAUGGUGGCAUAUCUCUCAGAGGAGCAUCUCCCUGUCGGCCAAUUCCUACUCGCCAAAGUUAAAUCCACUUCUGAUGAAGCAACUAAAAGAGCCUAAAGCCACGGAAAGAGAAGUGAAGAAAACUGCAAGGGUUACGUCAGCGGAAAAAGUGGAGACCGAGAGCAUCGGUUCGGAUGUCAUCGUGGCAUAUUAUCGAGGACUUCCCAGAAUCACGGUGCCUCUUCCAUCCAGGAGGGAACACUGCUCGUUCACCAUGAAGCCAAUAACGCACACGGUUGGCAAUUUUUUAGAUAUGCUAAAGACAGAGGAUCGUGGCAUCGAUCGAGCAUGCAUAACGUCGCUAGAUGGGGUCAGGAUAGCUUCCAGUAACACGAUAGAAUCGCUUUUAGAGGAGGAUUUCAAAUUAUUGAUAAACGAUAACGAAUACAUUGUCUCGCCGCCGUUACAAGAAAGGUGCACGACAGAGGAUUUACAGAAACUCGGAGACGUACAAGCUCUCGUUGCGCAGUUGUACGAGGCAUUCCACGUGCGGGAGUACCAGGUCGACAUGGAAAGAUCUGUUAUCGCCGAGCUGGAGAAUAUUAGACUACAGCUGGAACCCAUGGAACAGAAAUUGCAAGAGAUACAAAAUGCCGCUUACAAGAAGGCGAAUUUUUUUAUCUGGACGUUCCUAGUCAUGAUGUCUAUCCAAUUCGGGGCGUUGGCCAGAUUAACCUGGUGGGAAUACUCAUGGGAUAUCAUGGAGCCCGUCACUUACUUCGUCACUUAUGGCACUACUAUGAUGUGGUUUAUUUAUUACCUCGUGACUCGACAGGAAUACAUGCUGCCGGACGUGUUGAAUAGACGCCACCUAAUAGUGCUUCAUAGAAGAGCGCGAAAAAUCGGUCUUGACAUUGACGUGUACAAUGCGUUGAAGAAUCGCGCGUACGAGUUGGAGACCACGCUGAAAAUUAUUCGCGGGCCUUUACACGAUUACAAGACGCAACGGCAGCGACAGCAACGCUCCAGAUCAAGCUCCAGUAGCUCAAGAUCACCAAGUUCCUCGCCUAGCCCUAGUCCUAGCCCCAGUCCUAGUCCCGAAAAAGACGUUCCUAAGGUUAUGUCCGAGUCGGACAUCCCCGAGGAAAUACGUCGAAGAAUAUAAAAUUUAAUCACAAGGUGUUCAACGAUGACCCGCGCGACGGAGUUGAAAUAUAACGGAAUCAACGAUUACCGAUCGCUUAAAUUGAUAUUAUCUUCUUCCAACGAAGUACAGUCAA